AUGGAGGGAGGGGAUCGGCGAGAAGGGCCGCUAAGCGCGUGGCCGCACGACAACAUCAGUGAGCUACCAUCAUCGCUGAUGGAGCCGUCUGUAGUAACGGUGGGCGUCGUCCCGUUGAUUUCCAUCACCGACGCGCUACGACGCGGUGAGCAGUUGCAUCAGAACAACAUGGGUUCACAAGGCAACAUAUCUAUGCUGUCAACGGCGUCCCGUGCGAGCUCCUUGAAUAAUACGGUGCGGAGCUGUGGCUACAACAGCCUGCAUAACAUGCUAGGUCCUGUGCUGGAUGUGCCGGAAUGUAUAAUCAUUCCACUUAAUAGGCUGCGGUUGUUCCAUUCCCAUGUUCUGGGCAAAGGCGCCUUUGGAGAGGUGGUGCGCGGGGAGCUCUACGCUACCAGUGCCGCGGUGGACCACUUGCCCACUAAAACAGCCUUUCCACGCUUUCCUUUUAGAGGCCAUCAGAAGACUGGCUUGACGCAGGGGUGCAGCGCCCGCAGUAAGGGAUCCUGCAGCGAGGGCCGCCAUAGCAUCGUAAGGAGCCCUGAGGUUGAUGGACGGACACAGCGCACCAACAGUGGCAGUGAACCCCAAUUCUGGAGCACUUGCGAAGCAAAGAAGCCACCUGAGGGCCAAGGUGGCUCCCGUUUAAUGGAAGGCGGAGCACGUGUGCCGCUGCAAAUACCACAAGCACUACCACCACCACCGCGUCAGCUAGUGGUAACUCCACCGAUGGAACGGUUGAGUUGUCAAACAACACUGGACGAUGACGUCCUGAGUGAGACAACGCCCCCUAGUCUGCAGCCGCCCUUCUGUACCACGUCAACUGUGAGCGACACAAUGCCAGCGUAUCACCAGUUGAGUACCUCCACGUCCUUUGCGACGGACGGUCCACCCAGGGCGGUGGCGGUGAAGCGGAUCGACAAGGCACGCCUCUCGCGGCGCCAGAAAUUCAUCUCGUCAUUUCAGACAGAGCUGCACUUCGCCGCCACGCUUUGCCAUCCUUCCUUUAUCACUGUGCACGGCGUGGCGGAGGAGGAUACGGAGCUACUGCUCGUGAUGGAUCUCGCGGAGGGCGGCACACUCGAAGACUACAUCAAAACGCGGGGCCUAGAGGAUACGCUCACUAUGGCCCCGCGCUUCCUGGCUGAUGUUGUGCUGGGGUUGGAGUACCUUCGAGCUGUUGACGUUGCCCACCGCGAUAUCAAACCAUGCAACAUGCUGCUCACAAGCGACUACCACGUGAAACUCGCCGACAUGGGCACCGCGUGCCACCUUGACGACGACGCCUCCAACACAUUUGGCGGCACCGCUGCGUACAUGUCACCGGAGGUGGUGGAGAUGGGCAAGGCGAGUGCGACGAGUGAUCUGUGGGCGAUGGGAUGCGUGCUGUUUCAGAUUUUCGUUGGCCGCCCGCCGUUUCAGGGCGGAAACUGCAUGUUUGUCAUGCGCAAGAUCAAGGAGUACCGAGACGGCGACCUUAACUACCCGCCGUACUUCCCGGCGGAGGCGAGGGACCUCGUGCAGCAGCUGCUGCGGCGCGAGCCGAACGACCGUCUUGGCUCCAGCGCAACGGGUGGCUUUGACGCACUCAAGGCCCACCCUUUUUUCGCCAGCAUCGACUGGUCCUGCGUGCUGCAAACUUCCAACAUUGAACUCUACCACGCGGACUACUUGACGCAGCUGCAGGGCCUUCUGGAGGCGGGUGAGAAGGUCGUGCACUGCUCAUUAGUGCUCAAGGAGAGUAAGAGAUUCCUUCGGAAGGUGUCGCGGCAGUGCCUGCUCGUCAUCACGGACCUCCCGCGUCUAUUCUAUGUGGAGGUCGCAACACGCGUGGUUAAGGGCAAUAUCCCACUCACACAUGAGGUGUACGCGGAGGCUGAAACCAUAGAUAAAUUUCGAGUCGUGACGAAGGAGCGGACGUACGAAUUUAGCGACCUCAACAAGCGUGCCGGCUUCUGGGGAAUGUACAUCAACGACUACGUCAAGCGGUGCCCUGUGACGGGUGAUGGGGACACUACCGCUCCACAGAAGCGAAGAAUGUCCAACAGCGAAGACAGCACUGAAGAAAGUCUCUUGCUGAAGGACCUCCUUGUCGCGAUCGCGCUGCAUUCACCAGUCUGCAAGGGCAUUGGCAACACCGCUGGCGUGCUGUUUGACCAUUCAGGGGAAGCAAAAGGGGGGUGCAUGGACGGCAGAACAUUUGGCCGCCGUCCAAAAAUGUAA